ACAAUUAUUCGGGUGCAAUAUUGCACACAGAACCAAAUAAAGUGUUUUCCGUUCGAUGAAAUUUAAUUUAAAAAUAUAACUGUGAUAAACAAUCCAUUAAAAUACCACUCUUUAAACUAAUUAACAACACCCAGACUAUAUAAAUUACGCCACUGCGUGUAUAAAGUCCUGAGUAGUUCAGUGUCGCUCGUGGAAAUUUACAUUGCGCAUUGUCGAUAGAUAUCGGGAAAAUAAUUUUCCAGCUGCUAGUACAGCGUUUGUUUCGUACACAUUUAAAAUAUUUUCCGCCUGCGAAAUCAUGGCACAUUCUCAAGUAAGACAAAAUUUCCACAAGGAUUGUGAGGAUGCCAUCAACAAGCAAAUCAAUAUGGAAUUAUACGCGAGUUAUGUGUAUUUUUCUAUGGCUUACCACUUCCACAGAGACGACAUAGCCCUGAUGGGUCACCACAAGUUUUUCAAAAAGUGUUCCAGCGAAGAACGCGAACACGCCCAACUGCUAAUGGAGUACAUUAACAAACGAGGAGGCAGAAUUGUACUUACCACAAUCGAGUCUCCGGAAAAACAGGAAUGGGCCACUGCCCAAGAGGCUAUGCACGACGCUUUGGAACUGGAGAAGAGAGUGAACGAAAGCCUGUUGAAUCUUCACAGUGUCGCUUCAGGUCACAUGGACGUAAAUCUGUGCGAUUUCCUGGAAACUCACUUUCUUCAAGAGCAAGUCGACAGUAUCAAGGAACUUGCCGAUAACGUCACCAAUCUCAAGAGGGUCGGAGAAGGCUUGGGGGUGUUUAUGUUCGAUCAAAAAUUACAUGACUAGAAAUUUAAGACAAUAUAAUAAUCUCGUGCUAGUGUAUGCCUUAUAAAUAUAUACCUAUACCUAUCUGUUUCAAUUUUUUGAAUUAUCCAAAUAAAACGAAAUUUUGACCGUUGAAUAAGAGGGUGCUACUUAUUUUAUGCUAAAUAUUGUAGUUUUAGGACGUUUUGUGAUAUACUCGAGGUAAAUUGAUAAGCACGCAUAUUUUUGUCAAUAAUAGUAGGAGUUUGUUCUUUUGUCAAUUUAAAAAUACAUAUAUGAAUAAUAAUAACCAUUUACUUAUUGUGAUUAUUUGGUCAAUAAAUGUUUAAUUAUUAAGUACC